UCCUUUUCCAAGCAAAAACCUUUUCAUUACUUGAGCCAGUCUAUAUUUCUUUUAUUGCUUUACUUAGGCUUACUGGUCUUCUUAUUUCUUUCUAGUCGUAAUUAGAAUUAACAAACUAUUUUAAAACUAAAAUAAAUUUGUUAAGUUGAAAAUUUUUUAACCUCAAAAUAAACAUUCCAUUAAAACUUUCAGUGCUUAAUAUUAUUAAUUAUUAUAGAUCAAUCAUUAAUUAAAAUAACGUUAAACAAGCAAAUGUGUUAAAAACAUGAAAUCCUUACAAUACUUAUAAAAAAACUUAGUUAAUAAGUUUUACUUUUCUAACCUCAAAAAACAUUUCAAACCUCAAUUACCUAAAUAAAAAAAAUAUGGAGAAUAAAGAAGAUUCAUUAGAAGUUUUAAAAUCGAGAUUAAACCAUAUAACCUCAAAGAUAAUAAAAUUAGAAGAUGAGCGAAUGAGAAUAUCAACAACUCUCCAUAAACUCAACGUGGAGAAAAAGGAAAUAGAAUCUAAAAUACAAAUCAAAAACACUAAAGAGUUAAGUUCGACCUGGAUAACAUUUUCAAAUGAAAGUUACGAUUGGAGUGAAAAAGCCCAAUCCGUUCUUGAGAGUAAAUUUAAAUUAAAUUCAUUUAGGGAGUGUCAAUUAGCUGCUAUUAAUGCUGUUAUGUCUAAAAAGGAUGUUAUUCUUCUUAUGGCUACUGGGGGAGGGAAAUCUUUGUGUUAUCAAUUGACUGCAUUAUUAUUGAAAGGGAUUACUUUAGUGAUAUCUCCUUUAAUAUCAUUAAUUGAAGAUCAGGUAUGUCAUUUAACACAACUUGGGAUACCCGUUGAAAAAUUAGGGCAAGGAUUAGAAGUUUCAUUAAAGAAUGAAAUUUUUGGGUGUUUAGAUGGAAGUAAAAAGCAAUCUUUUCAAAUACUAUAUGUUACUCCAGAAUUUUUAGUUAAUAGCAAAAAAUUAAUGACAUCAUUACAAAAAUGUUAUGAUUCCGGUAGAUUAAGUUUAAUAGCUGUAGAUGAAGUGCAUUGUAUAUCAGAAUGGGGACAUGAUUUUCGAAAAGAUUACUUAAAUCUGGGAAUGUUGAGACAAUUAUUUGAAACAGUUCCAAUUAUGGGAUUAACAGCUACAGCUACUGUUAAAGUCGUUGAUAACGCUAUAACUAAUUUAAAUAUUCCCAAUGCGAUUUUAAUAAAGAAAAGCUUUUUGAGGAAAAAUUUAAUGUAUCAUGUUGAACCUAAACCUGAAAACAUGGAGAAAUAUAUCUCAAAAUUAAUGAGUUAUAUGAAAGAAUUUAAAGAUCAAUCAGGAAUUUUUUAUACCGCAACAAUUAAAGAUGCAAACGACAUUGCUUACGCUUUACAUCAAAAAGGAUGUAAAGUUGGUCGUUAUCAUGGCGAUUUAACUAAAGAAGAUCGAUCAAAAAUUUAUAAGAAAUGGUUAGAAGGUACAUAUCAAGUUGUUGUAGCUACAAUUGCUUUUGGUUUGGGUAUUGAUAAGCCUGAUGUGAGAUUUAUUGUUCAUAUAACAAUGCCGAAAAGUUUGCAAGGAUUGUAUCAAGAAAGUGGAAGAGCUGGAAGAGAUGGAAAUCCAUCAACAUGCAUUUUAUGGUAUAAAAUCGAUGACUAUUUAAAACUAGCUUCAAAUUCGCAUUCUAAAAUUGAACAAGAGAAUUCACUCGAAAUUUUUAAGUAUUGUUUAAAUAAUGUAACCUGUCGCCACGCGAUUUUAUGCAAACAAUUUGAUGAAAAUUAUCCAAAGUGUGAAACAUCUUGCGAUAAUUGUAACAAAAAAUUUACCACCAAAACAUACUUGAUAAAAAAAUUUGCAAACGAAAUUAGUAAAGUGUUUCAAAACGAUAAAGAAACACGAUUUACUUUAAAAAAAUUAGUUCAAGCUUGGACGAAAUUAACCAAACGGAAAUUAUCUGACGGGAUUUUAGAGUUUAUCAUAGCUAAUUUAAUUAAAGAAAAUUAUUUAAAACUUUACUUUAAUUACACACCAUACACCACAAAUGUUUAUAUUAGAUUAUCCGAACAAACUGAAAGUGAGGAUAUGUUUUUAGUUACUAUGAGAGAAAAUAAGGAACUUGAAAAAAUGUUGGGGGGUUCUGAUUCAUCAGAAAAUGUGAAACGAAAAAGUGAUAAAGUAGAAAAUUCAGGUGAUCAUUCAAGGAAAAUUAAGAAAUCUAAAAAAUCUGUUGUAAUUUCAUCUGAUGAUAGUAAUUAGGUUUUAUAUUUAUUGUAUUUGUAUUUGAGGCUUUUGUGAAUAAAGUUUCCAUUAUUUAAU